GUCUAUCUGACAUCUGCUGGCGUGCCGGCAUCCACAGGCGUCCACUGUCUCUACGGGCGUCUUGGAGCGUGUAUAAUCAAGUGCGAAUUUCUGAUUAUUACUCGAUAAUUCGAGUAUAUUGCACAAAAAUAUAUGAAAUAUUCUCAAGCGUGAAAUACAAAAUAUACAACUGAUUUGCUUCGAUGGGCUAUUAACUGCAUCUUCAUGUCUCGGUUAUGUAAUGCCAUUGGGUAACGGCAUCACGGCGCGGACGAGAAAAGUGUCAUUCGACGUGAAGGGUAGAUCGGCUUCUCGAUGUUGCGUUCCGCAGGAGAAUCAAUUUUUGACGAUAGCGGCUGCCUUGCCAGUUUUGCCAGGUGCACCAGUACCACCGAAGCUGUCAAAGCGUUCUUGCAAUUCGUCCAGUUGUGCCGGGACCCAAUUUGAGAUUGGACAUGAGGCUGAAAGGUGCGAUAUGGUUACGUUGCAAUGGGCGGGAGAAACAAGGACGAUCGUGGCAUCGAGAACUCCCGCCGAACGAGAAAAGAACCCUGACAGAAUAUGUCUGGACAGGCGAGGUCUAACGAUAUUCCCCAACGUGAUCGGAGAGCCAAAAUUGAGAUUAAUGUCCCUUCAGCAUAAUCUUUUAACCAAGAUUGAGAGUACAAAUUUCUCUCAACUAACAAAGCUCGUAUUUCUCGAUUUAUAUGACAAUCAAAUUGAAAAAAUAUGCAGCCUCGACUCUUUGGAUAAUCUAAGAGUGCUGUUGAUCGGGAAGAAUCGAAUAAAGAAGAUUGAAGGCUUGAAGCAACUUGGCAAACUAGAAGUAUUGGACCUGCAUGGUAAUCAAAUCCACCAAAUCACCGGGUUGGAGGGUCUGUCGUCUUUAAAAGUACUCAAUUUAGCUGGAAAUAAUAUCAAGACUGUGGGUUAUAACGACUUUCAAGGUCUGACUCUGUUAAAAGAGUUGAAUCUGCGUCGGAACAAGUUGAAAAAAUUGUUAGGAUUUGAUGAAAUGCCACAAUUGCAAAAAUUAUAUUUGAGUAACAAUGAUAUCCACAGAAUCGAGGAUAUGAGUAGCCUCGCGAAAGCUCUACAAAUUAAAGAACUAACAAUAGAUGGCAAUCCAGUCACCUUAAGCACCGAUUACAUCUCCUUCCUCGUGUCAUACUUGCCAAAUUUACAACUUUUAUCGACGAUGCAAAUUAACGAACAAAUUCGAAGAACAGCGAUGGCCUGGAGAUUUUCCAAGGAACAGUCCAAUUCGGCAUUUCUUGAUCUCAGUACGCAGGUUUGCAUGAACUUGCGCAGAGAUGAAGCGAUAUCGAACGCUAAAACAAAUUGGGAACUUUUCCGCUCCGGAAGCAAGAUCUCUAACAGCAAGCUCGGCGGCCCUAAUAAAACAGCGGGCAAUAACAGAGGCAGCAAUAUUAAUAUACUACACGCGCAAAAUGCAAAUAAAUUUAACGCCGCAAAUUCACAGUCCUUGGAUAAAGCUAAGAUGAAAAGCUUCGGCAGCCUGACGUCGAUAAACGAAAAUGUGGAAGCGAAAAAGAUACAUAUAAAAAAGAGAAGCAACUCCAGUGACAAUUUGUUUCGACUGGAAGACACAUCCAAGUCGUAUCCAUUGGAAUUUAAACUGCCGCCUAUAUUAGAUUCGAUAGUAAAUAGUUUAACGAGCAACAAAAUCGAGAAUGGUUUAUCCAACGACAAUAAGAAAGACGCUUACAAAGCGAAAGCGCUCGAUGGGGAUACGUCGAACAGCGAAUCGGACAGUUCCGAGAGCCAUGAAAGUUUAAAGACCGGUCUGAGAGAUCAUUUGUUUACUUCCAACACUUGCGGCUCAUCUGUAGAUAUCAGUAAAUCCACCAUCUGCAAAAAGUUUACCACAGCGAAGGAUUUUAAUGCCAACGGGGAUGAUGAGAAUCGCGUACGCGAGGAGAUGCCUCCUCCAUCAGGAGGAUCAGGACGUUUCGAAGCUGCAAUGAACGAGAACAGAAUCACGGACGAUAGAUCGAUGCGAAAUACAAGAGUCUCGCACAAUCAGGACGGACAGAGCGAUUGCCAAUCGAAGUCGACCGUAAGCUCCUCUGGAUAUUGUUCCUUGAGCUCAAAGACUAACAGUUUCGAUAGUUGUAAGUCAUUGUUGAGCGAUUCCAGCACCUCGUCGAUUCCCAAGAGCAUAGUUGACAAAAAAUCUCACGAGUAUGAAAGGGAUAAUGGUAGAGUCAAGAGUGCUCAAGUGAAAAAGUUGGUGUAUUACAAGAGCAACAGAGCUGCAACGGCCAGGGCGAAAUUUCGAGCCCUCGCGCCGCCAAGUCCGCCUCCCCGACCGGCGAGAGUACCACCUAAAGAGAGAGAACAGGGCGGGGAUUAUUUAAUAGAGAUUGUUGGUCGAUGCCUGAGCAUUAACGGUCAAGGUGCUUUACGCUUUAUAGAUAGGGCCUGGGACACGUCAAAGGCUCAAGAUGUCAACCUCGUGAAAUUUAAUUACGUACAGUUUAACGACGUGGCGAGAAUACUCAGCAAACUGAAAAACAGGUUUCCGCAUGCGGAACAUUUUGUAUUUGAAGAAACCAACAUUAGUCUGCUCGGUCAAUUGAACGCUUUAGCCGAGGUGCAGGGAUUGACCAGUAUACAGAUAGACGCAGGGAAUCCUGUCGUGUCGAAAGAUUGGAAAAUGUACGCUAUAUUUCGAUUAGCUCAUUGGGGACUCGUGGUUAUCAAUGGCAAGGAGGUAGUCGACUCGAAAGCGAUUACAGCCGAGGAAGUCGAACUCGCGAAUCAGGAGUAUGCCGGCCUGGUAGAUGUAGUAAUGCGUUCACUGCCAGAUUCUUUGUUGCAACCUCUGUUACAGAGGCUUCAUUUAGAAAAAGUGCAAAGACAAAGCGGGGAACAGGUCACUGCCAAACAAUUUCUGUUCAACUGUGAUCCGGCACUUCGAAGCGUCGUCGCCAAGGAAGCGUUGCAGUGGAGAAAGGGAAGCGUAACACAGGAAGAUCUCAUAUGGAGGCACAAAGGAAAAGUCCACUUGUUGAAUUUGAUUAAUCUCACUGUAAAUGCCAUACGAAAGUUACAAGUCCUCGAGAAGCAGUGGACGUACAUUCUCUACGAGAUUAUUUCCGAUACUCUGUCGGACUUCUCCGAGAUGGACGUUUACAUGAAACGUUGCAGCGAGACACUCGAAAAUGAUACCUAAUGUUACAUUCGUCUCGACUUUGAAUCAUCUGAAAUCUGAUAAUCCAAUGAGCGGUAUCACGCGGGAUCUCUGAUGAAGACCAUACAAUGUACAUACAACAAUAACAAUAGCGGCAACAGCAGCAGCAAUACAAAAAACGAGGAGAAAUUUGCGCAUCGUUAUUGUCAUAGAUGUAAUAUAUUUGAUCAUGUUGAUUAUGCUAAUACUAAUUGAUAGAGAACAAUAAACCCUGCAUAAGCAUGGCA